AUGUGGUGCAACAAAAUCUUUCACAAAACUAAAAAAAGAAUCAAUUUAUGGUGUGGAUUAACAGUUGAAAAAGGAGGAGCAUUCGCAUUAUCGGGUACUUCACUCAAUUGUGAUUCGACGAUUGUUAUGAACAAAGGUUCUUUUCUUCGGCAUACGCAAGAUUACGGAGAUCUCGCUCCUCGAAUCGGAUACUCAUCUGGCUACGGUCCCUGGUCUUUAGCUGUCGGUGACUUUAAUAAUGAUUCGAGAUUGGAUAUUGUCGUUUCGAAUAAUGCUGACAAUACUAUUAGUGUUCUUCUCGCCCACACGAAUGGAUCUUUUGCACAACAAGUAACAUAUUCUACUGGUGCGGCACCACAAGGAUUGGCUGUUGGCGACUUUAAUGAUGACAGUAUACUCGAUAUCAUUGUCACUAACAACGCUGACAAUACUGUGGGUGUAUUUCUUGGACAUGGUGACGGAAGUUUUGCAAAUCAAACAACGUAUGCAACUGGUUCUGGACCAUGUUUCGUAGCACUGGGUGACUUUAACAAUGACAAAAAGCUUGAUGUCGUGAUUGUUAAUUAUUUUGGUAAUUCUGUAAGUGUAUUUCUCGGAUAUGGUAACGGUUCAUUUUUGAAUCAACAAACUUAUGGAACUAGUUUGGGUCCAUGGGCUCUAGUUAUUGCUGAUUUCAAUGAAGAUACAUAUUUGGAUAUUACCGUUGUCGAAUCUUGGAGCAACAGUAUAGGCAUAUAUUUCGGCUCGCCUGGUGGAUAUUUUGUAAGUCGAACAACGUAUAUCACGGGUGCUGGACCGCAGGCAGUAGACAUCGGUCAUUUCAAUAGUGACACUCAUCUGGAUCUUGUUGUUGUUAAUACGGGAGACGGUACUGUAAGUAUCUUUCUUGGAUACGGAAAUGGCUCUUUCACAAAUCAAAUGGUAUAUUCAACUGGUUCUGCACCCGUAGCUGUAGUUGUCGGUAAUUUCAACAAAGAUAUCUAUGCAGAUAUUGUGAUUGCUAAUCAUGGUGAUAACAGUGUCAGUUUACUUCUUGGUGAGAGUGACGGACUCUUUGGAAAUCAAACUGUGUAUUCAACUGGCUCUGGGCCAAACACUCUAGCUGCUGGCGAUGUUAAUAACGACAACUUAAUUGAUAUUGUGGUCGCUAAUCAAAACGAUCAAACGGUAAGCAUAUUACUUCAUUUUAUUGGAGGAGAUCUAACAAGUGAAAUUACGUAUGCAUCCGGUGGUGGUUCAUAUCUACGAUGCGUUGCUAUUGGGGAUUUUAAUAACGACGGGCAGCUAGAUCUUGCUGUAGCUAACUACGGUACAAACACUGUGGGUGUCCUUCUGGGAUUCGGUAAUGGUACAUUUGAGAAUCAAAUUGUUUUUACAACGGGCUCAGAUUCCCAUCCAUAUUCGAUCGCUGUUGACGACUUCAAUAAAGAUGGUCGAGUGGAUAUCGUUGUGGCCAAUUAUGGUACUAAAAACAUUGGAAUACUUCUGGGUGACGGUAACGGGCGGCUUGUCAGUCAGAAACCUUAUGGUAAUGAUAUGGAUUUUCCCCCUUUCGUUGUUAGUUCUGGUGACUUUGAUAAUGAUGGACAAGCAGAAGCUAUUGUCGCAUAUUAUGACACUGACAAUAUAGAUAUAUUUACUGUUUUUGACACAGGAGAUCUCGCUCCUCGAAUCGGAUACUCAUCUGGCUACGGUCCCUGGUCUUUAGCUGUCGGUGACUUUAAUAAUGAUUCGAGAUUGGAUAUUGUCGUUUCGAAUAAUGCUGACAAUACUAUUAGUGUUCUUCUCGCCCACACGAAUGGAUCUUUUGCACAACAAGUAACAUAUUCUACUGGUGCGGCACCACAAGGAUUGGCUGUUGGCGACUUUANAAGAAGGGACUUUUUCCAAAAUUUUAUUUUUGGAACAGAUAGAGCUCAUCGAGUUCUACUUGGAACAGGUGUUAGUUCGGUUGGAACACACACUGGAACGAAUCGGUUCAAGGAACUCUCGAAUCCUGCCCGAAGGUAUCCUACGUGA